AUGCCCGAGGGCACGGUGUUCAUCGGGAACGUCCCGUACGACGCCACCGAGGCGUCGCUCACGGAAAUCUUCUGCGAGUGCGGUCCAGUGCGAGAGCUCCGGUUGGUCACCGAGCGAGACACGGGGAAGCUCAAGGGCUACGGCUUUGUUGAGUUCGACGAUUUCGCCACCGCGAUGUCGGCGGUUCGUAAUCUGAACGGUCGGGAGUACAACGGGAGGCAGUUGCGGGUCGAUCACGCGGAGACGAUGAAGAACGGGGGCGGGCAGACGGGGGUGAGCGCGAUCCACGGGGAUGGCGGCGUCGGGCACGCGGCGCCGAGCGCGAGCGUGUCCCUGCGCGCGGACGCCCCGAUCGGGACGAACGCGGCCAAGGCGUCGCAGCAAGGGAUGCGACAUGCGUUUGAGGGCGUGGUGACGUCCACCACGGGGGCGGCGAUGGAUCUGUUGACGAAGCGCGUCGCGGAUCUCACGCCGACGCAACUGUACGAGAUCAUGUCCCAGGUGAAGCAGAUGACGGAGAGUGAUCCGGCGCAGGCGCGGACGCUGUUGGUGAAUAACCCACAGUUGUCGUUGGCGCUUUUUCAGGCGCAGUUGGUGCUCGGGAUGGUAAAACCACCGGCGGGGGGAGCGACGGCGCCGCCGAUGGCGCCGCACCUGGUGGGGCAGCAGGCGCGUCGGACGGUGCCGCCGCCGCCACCGCCGCCGGUGGUUCGGGCGGUGAAUGUGCCGCCACCACCGAUGGCUCCGGUGAGAGCGCCACCGGCGGCUCCAGUGGCGCCCAUGGCACCUCCAUCGACGGUACCGGGACAAGGGAUGGAUCAGCAGCAGGCGCUGCUGAGACAGGUGCUGUCGAUGACGCCGCAGCAAAUCGCUAUGCUGCCACCGGAUCAGCGAGCGCAGGUGGAGUAUCUCAGACAGCUCGCGGCGCAACAGGGCAUGGUUUGA